GCGAGCGCAUCCAAUCCAAAACCAAAGGUGAGGCAGCAAAUAAAGACUAAAAGAGCGAACCGAAUGGCAGAGCGACUGUCACUGACACUUCCACCAACCAUGGCUGCUUUCACAGCGUCUUCUCGCAUCCUCCCUGCCGCCUCCAGAGCUAGAGUCUCUCUCGCUUACUCUUCUCCUUCUUCGUCCGCUUCUCUCUCCUCUCUCAAAUGCCUCGGAUCCUCUCCUCUCGUCUCUCGUCUCUUUCUCAACCAGAAACGAUCUCCGGUGGCUCGUGUUGUGUCGGAGAGAGGCCUGAGCGCCGCGGCUACUCCGAAAUGCGCGGCGUCCGAUCCUGACCAGCUGAGAAGCGCCAGAGAGGAUAUCAAGGAGCUCCUCAAGACCAAUUUCUGCCAUCCUAUCCUGAUUCGCUUGGGAUGGCAUGAUGCUGGUACUUACAACAAAAACAUUCAGGAGUGGCCACAGAAAGGUGGAGCUAAUGGAAGUUUGAGAUUUGAGGUUGAGCUCAAACAUGCAGCAAAUGCGGGCCUUGUAAAUGCGUUGAAACUUCUUCAGCCUCUCAAAGACAAGUACUCUGGUGUGACAUACGCAGACUUGUUUCAGUUGGCUAGUGCUACUGCUAUAGAGGAAGCUGGGGGCCCCAAAAUCCCCAUGAAGUAUGGAAGAGUGGAAGUCACAGGACCUACGGAGUGCCCAGAAGAAGGGAGGCUUCCUGAUGCUGGCCCCCCUUCACCUGCUGAUCAUCUAAGAGAUGUUUUCUACAGAAUGGGAUUGAAUGACAAGGAAAUAGUUGCAUUAUCUGGUGCGCACACAUUGGGAAGGUCCAGACCAGAACGUAGUGGUUGGGGCAAGCCAGAGACAAAGUACACGAAAGAUGGGCCUGGAGCACCAGGAGGACAGUCCUGGACAGUGCAAUGGUUGAAGUUUGAUAAUUCCUACUUCAAGGAUAUUAAAGAAAGAAGGGAUGAAGAUUUACUGGUCUUGCCAACUGAUGCUGUUCUUUUUGAAGAUGCAUCAUUCAAGGAAUAUGCUGAGAAAUAUGCUGAAGAUCAGGAAACAUUUUUCAAGGAUUAUGCUGAAGCCCAUGCCAAACUUAGCAACCUUGGAGCCAAAUUUGAUCCUCCAGAGGGUAUCGUGAUAAAUGAUGGUCCUUCAGAAUCUGCACCAGAGAAGUUUGUGGCAGCCAAGUACUCAUCCGGGAAGGAUUAAGAAACAAGUAUCUUGUUUUCUUGUGCCGUGUCUUUUAAUAAUACAAGAUGAAGCUAUUUUCAAAUCCUGUGAACUCACAUCUAAUACAUGGAAGUCUUAAAUGAAGAAGAAAGGAAUAAAAUUCAAUAGUGUUAACUAUGUACUUGCAGAGAGAGCUGUCAGAUUCUAUGAAGCAAAAGAUUCGGGCAGAGUAUGAAGCAAUUGGUGGGAGCCCAGAUAAGCCUCUUCCGACUAACUAUUUCCUAAAUAUCAUAAUUGUGAUUGCUGUUUUAGCAGUUUUGUCAUCACUAUUUGGGAACUAGGUUGCCUGAGCUUUU